GAGAGGGAGACAGGCGCGGAGGGGCGAAAGUGAAGGAGGAGGGCGAGAGAGAGAGAGAGAGAGAGAGAGAGAGAGGAUGCCGGGGCCGGGGGCGCACACGAUGUACGCGUUGGGGGUUGGGGCAGGGCUGAUGCGCCUCUCCCGAGGCCGCUUCGGGCCCCACCACUGCGUUGUCUACGCCGCCAACGCCUUCCUCGGCCCCGACCUUGGCUCCUUUGCCGAAUGGCUCGCCUCCUGCAUCUCCUCCUCUUCCGGCCUCGGCCACUCCCUCGGGUCCCUUGCGAUGGACCUUGUCCACCACCCCUUCUACUACCCUAUGCUGCUCGGUCUCCCCCUCUCCUUCUUCUAUGCCUGGCUCUCCGCUCUCCUCCUUCGCAAAGGCAUCCUCGAUCCCGCCUCCGGGGUCUCGUUGAGCAAGAUGCAGUGCUUCUUGUUGUUAUCGGCUGGUUCCCUGUCGCAUUUCUUCUUGGAUCACUUGUUCGAGGAGAAUGGCCAUUCAACAAUGUAUACCUGGAUAUUGAGCACAGGCUGGUGGAAGAACUCUGCUCCUAUCAAUCCAGAUGCUGUAGUCGUGGUUGGACUUUUAUGCACUUCUUUGUUUGUGGGCUUUGUGUAUAUCAACAGACUGAAAAAUGGAAAAUCCAUCAUCAAGAGAUCAGAUCAAUCCUUGAGACUUGUCCUGAUCAUCGCGACCUUGUACUGCACUUGGUGUGUCAGUCAAAUAUACUGGCGAAACCCUCCCCAACCAGCGGUAGGGGAAGAAGCAGAUCUCGGGGUUCUUGUUUUCCUGGCUCUCUACUUCUUUCUCCCACAUGCCUUGUGUUUACUGUCAAUGAACCAGAGAGACUACAUCGACACAGCAGAUCAACUGCCACUCUAGUGGCCGCAUCAGCUCAACAUUCACAACCAGGAAGAAGCCAUGAGGAUUACGAAAGCAUCAAAACUAGAACUAUACAGGGUAUAUCUUGUUCUGCUGCUACUGUAUAAUAAAUAAGAUUGAUGGUGGGAGGAUUGGAAGGUUGGUUGAUCUCAGGAAUAAGAUUGUCCUUUUUUCACAUCGUAGCAGGAGGUGGCACUUGGCAAUUAUUAGCAUAGUUAUCCUUUGUAAUUGAUUUUUUACAGAGCUAAUGGUGGAUCCAAAAUGGUCCGGACAUUACAACGUCGGUAUUAUCGUUGUUGAUUUUUGUAAUUGGACUUGUAUCUUUUCGUACAUUUAUGUUGUGAACAGAAGCUCUUCCCAAUGAU